UGACAUUAUUACCUAUAAACAACAUUAAUGAACAAAUUCUAGAGACAAAAAACUAUGUUAUUUUUCAGAGUAACACCCAAAACUAUGAAAAGUGGCGCAUGGAUUUGUAGGGGUUUUGUUUCUGCCUCAAGACCGUCCCACCAAGCUGUAAAAAUUGAUAAAGAGACGUGUGGUAAGAUAAUAGAAUCGGCGGAAACUGUGAAAGACGGGACAAAAGAGGUGGUUGGUGAAGUCAAGCGUAUGACACAGAUCGUUUCAGAAAAGGUCGCCAGUGUUGCUGGAAAUAUGGUGGCGGAUGUGGCGGACAAGGGAAUUGAGAAGGCGUCUGAAAAUGCAGAGACCCAAAAAGGGAAAGAUGUUCUUGACACGGCUAAGGCUGUUAUGGAAGCUUACAAAGAAAGAGUCAAGGAUAAAUAGACAUUGUCUAUAAUAAAGAUAUGACCUUCCUCAAACUGUUCAUAUCAUUUUAAUUAAUAAGUUGUAUGGCAUAAUACUUCCAUUUUAAGUGAGAAAAAUUGUUGUUUGCUUUGAAGGAUGGAUUUAGUAGUGAUGGAUGGCUGGUUAUUAAAACAAGGGUAGUAAAAUACAU